GAGCUUCAAGUAUCCACUUCCUUCACAUUUCGUCCCCAAUUUCCUCCACUAUCUACUAAGACUACUGCUCUCCUCUACUCAAUGGGUCAAACAUCAUCAUCAUCAUCAUUGCAAUAUGAAUGUGGUGACCCUUCCAAUGGAGGCCCUUCUACUAUGCAACAUCAUAGCCAGGAAUCUGCAUCCGACUGCUUGGACAAUGUUGACGAUUUAAUGGCAGACUCCCUCUUCACACAAGGUUUAUCAAACAUGUCUCAACAUGAUUGUAUGGAACAAACUGAAGCUCUUCAUCAAUACAAAGAUGGUAAAGAUGCUGCUACUUACAUCAGUACCUAUAGACUUUGUUGA